AUGGACAGAAGAAAGCGAUCCCGGGGGCGGCAGAAGAUCGCGAUCCAGCGGAUAUCGAAAUCCAGCGACUGCUUCGCGACGUUUUCGAAGAGGAGGUUGGGGCUGUUCAGCAAGGCGAGCGAGCUGGCGACCCUGUGUGGCGUUGACGUCGGCGUCGUCGUCUACUCCCCGACAGGGAGGCCUUCCUCCUUCUUUCACCCGACAAUGGAGUCUGUGCUGACUCGCGUGGGGUGGUGGGGUGGGGGAGGUGAUGACACGUCGCGGCUGCUGGAGGCGUGCGCAAGGAGCAGAGGGCGGCAGCUAGCCCGAAUGCUGGACGGGCUCGGCCGGGAGGUGCGGGCGGAGGAGGAGCGGGAGAAGCGGCUGGGGGAGGAAAGUGGGGGGCGGUGGUGGUGGGAGGAAGGGGGGGGAGGGAUUAGGGUUUGGCUGGAGGAAUUGAAGGCGAGGUUGGAGGAAGAGAUCAAUGUCAGAUCACGUGAUCGGAUGCUCCGCGUGCAUUAUCUUGACGACGACGACGAGGAAGAAGAAGCUUGA